AUGAGCCAAAUAUACGAAGCUGAAGAAGACAGCAAUGACUUGCCACAACCAGUUGCAGUGGGUUGGGGUCAAGAAUCAGAACAUACAAGCAAACAAGAUGGUCAAGACGAACAAGCCCGCACAGCAAGCAACAAAAAGAAUGUUGUCUCAAAGUUUUUCUACGAAAACUUCCCGACCUCUCUAAUACUAGCAUAUCAAAGCUUUGGGGUGGUUUAUGGAGACCUGAGCACUUCACCAUUGUAUGUAUUCCGCAGCAUAUUUGUUGGGAAGUUGGAGAACCAUCAGAAUCCCGAAACGAUAUUUGGGGCAUUUUCAUUAAUCUUUUGGACCUUAACUCUGAUACCUUUGCUCAAAUACGUGUUUAUCAUUCUGUAUGCUGAUGACAAUGGUGAAGGUGGAACAUUUGCUCUUUACUCCCUGCUUUGUAGACAUGGAAAGUUCAGUUUACUACCUAAUCAACAAGCGGCUGACGAGGAGCUUUCGGCCUAUAAAUAUGGUUUCUUGGGACUGUCUUCAUCAUCUGCAGCCUUGAAGAGAUUUCUCGAAAAGCGCAAGAAGUUAAAGACUGCUUUAUUGCUUGUGGUGUUACUGGGUGCGGGCAUGGUAAUUGGUGAUGGUGUAGUUACUCCUGUUAUGUCAGUCCGAUCAUCAGUGUCCGGGCUUGAAGCUGCAAAUAAAAGAUUGCCCCGUGGUGCUGUGCAAUUGGUCUCUUGCGCUAUAUUGGUUGGCCUAUUUGCUUUGCAGCAUUGUGGGACACAUAAGGUUGGCGUCCUGUUUGCACCCGUAGUUAUCCUCUGGUUGGUAUCAAUUUUCUCUAUUGGAGUCUAUAAUAUAAUACGUUGGAACCCGAACGUACUGGUUGCGAUUUCUCCACAUUAUAUCGUGAAAUUCUUUAGUCGAACUGGUAAAGAUGGGUGGAUUUCUCUUGGAGGGGUACUACUUUCCAUAACUGGUACCGAAGCAAUGUUCGCAGAUCUUGGGCAUUUCUCAGCAAGUGCAAUAAGGAUUGCAUUUAUAUCCGUUGUAUACCCGUGUUUGGUAGUGCAAUAUAUGGGCCAAGCUGCUUAUCUCUCAAAGAAUAUCCCUUCAAUCUCUAACAGCUUCUAUGAUUCCAUUCCUGAUGCUGUCUUUUGGCCAGUCUUUGUUAUUGCGACCCUGGCAGCUAUAGUUGGCAGUCAGGCUAUAAUUUCAGCCACAUUCUCUAUCGUUAAGCAGUGUCAGGCACUCGGUUGCUUCCCACGUGUAAAGGUUGUGCACACCUCAAGACAAAUCCGUGGACAGAUCUACAUACCCGAAAUUAAUUGGAUCCUUAUGAUUCUCACUCUUGCCGUGGCUGUUGGCUUCCGUGACACAACUAAGAUAGGAAAUGCAUAUGGCUUGGCUGUAAUGUCGGUGAUGUUCAUCACAACCUUCUUGAUGUCUCUCGUGAUGGUUCUCGUGUGGCAGCGAAGCUCGAUCUUAGCUGCCGCUUUCCUGGCCUUCUUUUGGUUCGUGGAGGGCACAUACCUCACAUCCGCUCUUACAAAGCUCCCUCAAGGCGGCUGGGUCUCCCUUGUCCUCUCCCUCUUCUUCAUGUCCAUCAUGUUCGUCUGGCACUACGGAACCCGCCGCAAAUACGCCUUCGACCUCCACAACAAAGUCCCCAUCAAAUGGAUCCUCGGCCUCGGCCCUUCCCUCGGCAUCGUCCGCGUCCCCGGCAUCGGCCUCGUCUACUCCGAACUUGCCUCGGGAGUCCCGCCCAUCUUCUCCCACUUCGUCACCAACCUCCCGGCCUUCCACAACGUGCUCGUUUUCGUGUGCGUGAAGUCCAUCCCCGUCCCUUGCGUCCCUCCCGAGGAACGAUUUUUGAUCGGACGGGUUUGCCCCCGGCCCUACCGCAUGUACCGAUGCAUUGUCCGUUAUGGGUACAAGGAUCUCCAGGGAGAUGACGGUCAUUUCGAAAGCCAGCUGAUCGGGAGCAUUGUUGAGUUUAUUCGAAUGGAGGCGGCUGAGUCAGCCGGGAGCUCGCAGUACUCGAGUCCCGAUAUGGUCUCGUAUGACGGGCGAAUGGCUGUCGUGAGCUCGAGGACAUUCGAUUCCGUGGAGACUGCCGAGUCGAGUGAUAGCGGAAAGUCGGGUUUGAGAUCGAUUUAUGAUGAUGAGAAUCCGAGGGUUAGGAGAAGGCAGCAGGUGAGGGUUGAGGUGCCGGAAGAUCUUCCCGGUAUGGAGGCGGGCGUGAGGGAAGAGCUGAUGGAUUUGAUUCAGGCGAAGGAGGCUGGGGUGGCGUAUAUUAUGGGACACUCGUAUGUGAAGGCGAGAAGGUCGUCUUCGUUUUUAAAGAAAAUGGUGAUUGAUUUUGGUUACUCGUUUCUGAGGAAGAAUUGCAGGGGGCCGUCAGUUGUGCUGCAUAUUCCGCAUAUUAGUUUGAUUGAGGUCGGCAUGAUAUAUCACGUCUGA